CAGACUGCUCUGUUUGUAAAAGAAGCAGAAGCAUACUGUAGUAGUGUUGUAGUAGGGUUUGCCUGAACAAGAUCUUUAGAAAAUCAUUGGUCAUUGACUGAAAAAUGGGGUGCCAUAGACAAACAACCUUCUUGUUUGCAUGCCUUUACUCAGUUUGUGUUGUAUAUUUUGUGUUAUGCAUCUCAUGGAAAUAAUGAAAAGGACAAACUGUUUUGCAUUGCAUGGAUAGGAAAGAAUCAUAAAGACUUUGGGGUUUUUUCUUGGUAAGAAAACACAACCACCAGACACAAUGGGCUGUGGGGUCUCUAAAGGAAGUGAAUUCCAUAAAACACAUGACAAAGUUACAAUCUCAGCUGCCAUGACAAUUAGAGCUGCAGUUCUGAUCCAGCGCUGGUAUCGUCAGUAUGUGACCCGCAUGAAGAUGAGGCGCAGAUACACCUGGAACAUCUUUCAGUCUAUAGAAUACACUGGGCUACAGGACCAAAUCAAACUGUAUAAUUUUCUUGAUUACCUCAUGGGCAACUUCACACCCUCUAGCAAUGAACGAAAGUUGAUCUCCCACAUCUUCAGAGAAAAUGAAAUAUGUCGGGAUGCAGAGUGGGAGAGAUACUUCAGUUACACCAAUAUCGACGUUCCAGAAAUCUAUUCAGGCCCAAGGCUAAAAUUUCCACUUGAUGCAAAUCAAGUUGCUGAUCUCAUUGAGGCUUUUAAAAACAAGCAACAGCUCCAUUCUCGUUAUGUUCUACAAGUUCUUCUUGAAACCUGGAAAGUGCUAAGAUCUCUGCCAAAUAUCAACCGAAUCUCCACCUGCCAUAGCAAAGAAAUUACAAUAUGUGGGGACUUACAUGGACAGUUAGAGGACUUACUUCUUAUAUUUUACAAAAAUGGGAUGCCAUCUCGGGAAAAGCCUUACAUUUUCAAUGGUGACUUUGUGGACCGAGGCAAAAACUCAGUUGAGAUUGUGCUCAUUUUAUUUGCCUUCUUGUUGGUCUAUCCUGGAGAGGUUUACCUUAAUCGAGGAAAUCAUGAAGAUCACAUAAUCAACCUGAGGUAUGGGUUCACCAAGGAGGUUUUGGGCAAAUACAAGGCACAUGGUAAACGGAUUCUAAAGCUGCUGCAGAAGAUAUUCAGCUGGCUGCCCCUAGCAACAGUGAUCGAUCAGAAGGUCUUGAUUGUCCAUGGAGGGAUCUCAGACAGCACGGACCUGGCACUGGUGGCCCGACUGGACAGACACAGAUAUGUAUCUGCUCUGAGGCCUCCAAAGCAGAAGAGCAAUGUGCAUAUCCGGCAUUCACUGGUCUCAGAGAUGGAAGAGCGCAGUAUUUUGAACAGAAGACAGGCCUCGCUCACCAAUUUCAGGUCAUUACCUUCCCGGCAAAAUUUCCAGUGCCGUUCUCUGCAGGAUUUCUCAGCUACAGUGGACCGGAGCAUGGAGGAAAAGCACAAGCUUCAACAGAGGCAGACCAGCUUAGCCCAGCCUGGCAGCAGCCUGUCCUGUAGGCACUCUACCACAUCCAUGCCAUUUAAAUCAGCUCCAGAAUCCAGCGAAACCCCUGACAACAUCAACACUGAGUGGAAACAGAUCCUGGACUUGUUAUGGAGUGACCCCAUGACUGAAAAUGGCUGCAUUCCAAAUGAAGUUCGUGGUGGAGGCUGUUACUGGGGCCCCAAUGUGACUGAUGACUUUUUACACAAACACAACCUGCAGCUCAUCAUCCGCUCACAUGAGUGCAAGCAAGAUGGAUAUGAGUUCUGCCACAACCGCAAGGUCCUGACAAUUUUUUCAGCCUCUAACUACUAUGAAGUGGGCAGUAACAGAGGAGCACUGGUCAGGUUAGGUCCAGAUCUAGUGCCUUAUUUUAUCCAGUACCAGACGAACAGUAAGACCCGAGAGAUGAGCUUUGGACAAAGUAUCAGACGGACAGAGCACUCUGCAAUUAAAGUCCUGAGAGAGCAACUGUUUGCACACAAGUCGGAUCUCAUCAAUGCCUUUCAAGAAUAUGAUAAGAAAAACACAGGUUUCAUCUCUCUGAAUGAUUGGAGCAGUGCUGUGGGGCAGGUGCUACACCUGGAAUUGCCAUUGAGAAUGCUGCGCUCUCAGCUCCUCACCAACACCACUGACGACAUGCUGGAUUACCACAACUGGUUCAGUAACCUUGCUAUGAAGGAACCGAGCUGUGAGUACAUUGAGCAGAAGCUGCUGGAAACUCUUUACAGGCACCGCACCACUCUGGAAACUAUCUUCCGAAUAGUGGACACAGACAACUCAGGCCUCAUCUCUUUUCAAGACUUCUGUCAGACAUGGAAGCUGCUAAGUGUCUAUCUGAAAAUGGAGAUUUCAAGCGAAGCCAUCAAUGACUUGGUGGUCAGAAUAGACCUGAACAAAGACGGCUGUAUAGACAUUGAUGAGUUCAUGGAAUCUUUUCGCUUAGUAGACAAGAAUAAACGCAGACCAGAAGAUCAGGACCUAUCGCAGGACAAGCAACAGACCAAAUAAUAAAAAGGCCUGGCUGAACCAUGAAUUUUUAUCAUGAGGAUCAAAAACCUUCAGGAUCUUCAGCAUUGCAAGUGCCCUUUUCUCAAAUUCUUUGAAAAAAUCAGGCUGUUUGGGCACAAGGUCUUGUAAUUUAGGAAAUUUUGGGUGUCGGUUGUUGCCAUUGAGAGUAUGUGCAGGUUUCCAAGUUAGACAUGUGCGCAAGCAUAUUGAUUAAUUUUUCUCUACUGAUAAUGUGAAAUUUCUAAACGCAUAUUCAAACAAUUUCUAUCUUGUUCUAAGCUUUGAAAUGUAUGUAUAGCAUUUGUAAUUUUACGAUUUUACAGAAGAAUUGUCUUGUGGUCAGGAACAGCUAAAAAAUGAAAGGUUAGAUGCUAAACCAGAGUUUGUCCAGACCUGGCUCAUUCACAGUGAAGAGAAGUAGCAGAGAUGUGGCAAAAACCGUUUAUUGGAUAAUCACUUGAUGGUUGAGAUCGUGAGUUGAUGAUUUUGCUGUUGCUACUGAGUUUACACUCAAUUCAAAAAACUUUUGUUGUCCAUGUUUGUAAAACUGUGGAUAUUUAAAUCUUUAUUUCUUUCGAGUGCAUGUCAGCUCAUUCAACUCAGAACAUGUUAGAUGUCUACUUUUAGCCAUUAUUAGAUUAAGAUUUUUAUAUUGUAUGCAAACAUUAUUAUUAUAAUUGCAUGUGACACAUUUGUUCGGAACAAAGAUGAAAGUGUUUGCUUUUGUGCACUUUCUCAUUCAUAGAUAGUAAAUAAGGUUUUGAUAAAACAAUACAAUUUAAUAGGCAAGUAUUUAUUUUUGUAAAUUAAAUACAAACUGGGAUGAUUCAGUGGGUAAUGUUACCAUCUUUUAGAUCCUGAGUUUGUUCCUGAGCUCAGGUUAGUGUACAAUCUCCCUAUGCCUACUUAGGUUUCUCCCAAAAACAAAUAUAGAGGAUUAAAUUGUUUAAAAUAUACUGUAUAAAAGUGUUGUCAUUAGGUUUAGACUCUUUCUGCAUGACAAAAACUGCACCCUUUAGUACGUACAUGUAGACCAUACUGAAUUGUUCCUUUGCUUGUCUUUGGUGUGGUUUUGUUAAUGGUCCACCUUUAGUACAAGUAGUAUGUAUUUUACACGGUAGCAUGAAGAUCUUAUAACAAAUGAAAGAAACACGGCUGUACCUUUCAUGUGCUUUUAGAGUGAACAUUCAGGACACAUGUCCUGCAAGUUUCAUUCUGAAUGUAAAAAAGGUGUACACUUGAAAGAACAAGUAGUGAUUGUCCAGAUAUGUUCUAAUUAAUGUUUCACCUAGUGCAGGGAGUCUAAAGGUCAGCCCAAGGUCUAAAUGCACCCGGCAUAUUUACGACUUUUUUCUUAGAAACUAUGAUAGCUAGCGUGCACAUUUUUCCUUUAUAUCAGUGGUAGCAGACUGAAUUAACACUAUUAGCUAGACUGCAAUAUCUCCCCUCCUGUCUACAUUGGACAUUAAUGUAAAGUGAUUAUAUAAACAUAGUAAUCAUCAUAAUUUAUGUUUAUUUACAAAAUAAAUCGACCUCAUUGCAGUUCUCACA